GUGCGCUUUGGAAAAGGCGUCUCUGAUAGGCGGAGCCGAGUUGCAUGCUGGGAGCAUUCUGAAGGUCCAGGUUCCCAGCUUCUGGGGAUUCGUCUGCCGCGGACUACAUUUCCCAGAAGUCUCAGGGCACAGGACCUCUCGGGGCAGGGCGAGAUUGCCUGCGGAGAGCGCCUGGAAGCGUCGGGCUCCGAGCCUCAGAGGAUGUUCCUGCUCUUAUUUCCCAUGAGCCUCUGGGCCCAAACUAACCUCCGUUUCUGGGUCCAUUUCCGGUGUCUUCGAGAUUUUUGGACUCUGCGCGGAGAAUCUUGACAGUGAAAGUGUCUCACUGUAGUGAUGAGCUACAGCUACAAGAUGUUGAAGAGCUGGUCUGGCUUUUCUGGACUCUGUGCUUCACCAGUAGAGGAACCCUAUGGAGCAUUAAUUAGUUCCUGCAAUUCUAGAACCAUGACUGACGGCUUGGUGACAUUCAGGGAUGUGGCCAUUGACUUCUCUCAGGAGGAGUGGGAAUUCCUGGACCCUGCUCAGAGAGACUUGUACGUGGAUGUGAUGUUGGAGAACUAUAGCAACUUAGUCUCACUGGAGUUGGAGUCAACAUAUGAGACCAAAAAUACAUUUGCAAAAAAGGACAUUUUUGAAAUAAAUUUUCCCCAACAGGAGAUAAAGGAAAGAAGUAAAACCCUUGGCUUUGAGGCAUUCCUUUUCAAAAAUAAUUGGAAGUGUAAGAGAAGAUUUGAGGGCCUCCAGGGACAUCAAGAGGGAUACUUCAAUCAAAUGAUAAUCAGCUAUGAAAAAGUGCCCACUUACAGAAAACAUAAAUCUCUUACUGCACAUCAAAAAAUUCAUAAUCAAGAGAAACCCUACGUUUGUAAGGAAUGUGGGAAGGCUUGUAGUCAUGGCUCAAAACUUGUUCAACAUGAGAGAAUUCAUAUGGCUGAAAAACAUUUUGAAUGUAAAGAAUGUGGGAAAGACUUUUUAAGUGCCUAUCAACUCACUGUGCAUCAGAGAUUUCAUACUGGUGAGAAACCUUAUGAAUGUAAGGAAUGUGGGAAGACCUUUAGUUGGGGAUCAAGCCUUGUUAAACAUGAGCGAAUUCAUACUGGCGAGAAGCCCUAUGAAUGUAAAGAAUGUGGGAAGGCCUUCAGUCGUGGCUAUCACCUUACUCAACAUCAGAAAAUUCAUAUUGGUGUGAAAUCUUAUGAAUGUAAAGAAUGUGGAAAGGCCUUUUUUUGGGGCUCAAGCCUUGCUAAACAUGAGAUAAUUCAUACAGGUGAGAAACCUUAUAAAUGUAAAGAAUGUGGGAAGGCCUUCAGUCGUGGCUAUCAACUUACUCAGCAUCAUAAAAUCCACACUGGUAAGAAACCUUAUGUAUGUAAAAUAUGUGGAAAGGCUUUUUGUUGGGGCUAUCAACUUACUCGACAUCAGAUAUUUCAUACUGGCAAGAAACCCUAUGAAUGUAAGGAAUGUGGGAAGUCUUUUAAUUGUGGCUCAAGUCUGGUUCAACAUGAGAGAAUCCAUACUGGUGAGAAACCCUAUGAAUGUAAAGAAUGUGGAAAGGCCUUUAGUCGAGGCUAUCACCUUACUCAACAUCAGAAAAUCCAUACUGGUGAGAAACCCUUUGAAUGUAAAGAUUGUGGGAGGGCCUUUAGUUGGGGUUCAAGCCUUGUUAAACAUGAGAGAAUCCAUACUGGUGAGAAAUCCUAUGAAUGUAAAGAAUGUGGAAAGGCCUUUGGUAGUGGCUAUCAACUUACUCGACAUCAGAUAUUUCAUACUGGCAAGAAACCCUAUGAAUGUAAGGAAUGUGGGAAGACUUUUAAUUGUGGCUCAAGUCUGGUUCAACAUGAGAGAAUCCAUACUGGUGAGAAACCCUAUGAAUGUAAAGAAUGUGGAAAGGCCUUUAGUCGUGGCUAUCACCUUACUCAACAUCAGAAAAUCCAUACUGGUGAGAAACCUUUUAAAUGUAAGGAAUGUGGGAAGGCCUUUAGUUGGGGUUCAAGCCUUGUUAAACAUGAGCAGGUUCAUACUGGUGAGAAAUCCUAUGAAUGUAAAGACUGUGGGAAGGCCUUUGGUAGUGGCUAUCAACUUCAUGUUCAUCAGAGAUUUCAUACUGGCAAGAAACCUUAUCAAUGUAAGGAAUUUGGAAAGACAUUUACUUGUGGCUCAAGCUAUGUUCAACAUGAAAGAACUAAUAAUAAUGAUAAACCCUACAAAUAUAAAGAAUGUGGGGAAGUCUUUAUAUGGACAGCUUACUCAAAUAAGACAGUUGAUACUGGUGAAACUUUAUGAUUGAAGAGAUGUGAAAGAACAUAUUUUUGUGUGUGUACAGACAACUUACUUAACAUGAGGAGAAGUCUUACUCUUGAGAAACCUUAUUAAUGUAGGGAAUGUGCAAAAGCCUUACCUGUGUAUGGACAAUUCACUUGAUACCAGAAAAUUCAUACUAGUGAGAAAUAUUUUGAACAUGAGGAAUAUGAAAAGUCCUUUAGACUUCUGUAUGAUCUUAUUGAACAUCUAUACUGAUGUGAAGCCAUUUAAAUGUAGGGAAUGUGUAAAGAUCUUUAAUUCAUGGUGCAAUGUCUCAUAAACAUUGGAAAAAUUAUGCUCAUUACUCUUUAAGGGAAGGAUCUAAAUUUAAUUUGGUUCUUGCCCUGCAUAUCAGAGAAUUCAUACUGCUGUGAAAUCCUGUGAAUUUAAGGAAUGUGGGAAGACUUGUAGACAUGGUAAACAUCUUAGAAUACAUCAGGGAAUUCAUCCAAAUGAGAAAUCCUUUGAAUUAAAAUUGUAGGAAGGCUUUUAGACAAGUGCUACUCAAACUAUUGGCCAGAGACUUUUUGCCAGUCCACAGAAUUGUUACCUGUCAAUCAUGAGAUAAAUGCAGAAAGUGAGAGUAAGUGUCUGGAAACUUUUAUAGCAAUUUGAUAUUGCCAUAACAUCAUUAUAUUUUACAAAAGUAUCAGUCGAUGAAUGAUUGGAAAUUAAAAACAAAAAGUUUGUCCUUUCCUAGAUAAUUUGAGAGACAGCAUUCACACUUUUUAAAACAUGAGACAAGUCGCAAUGUGACUUAAUUAGAACAAGAAAUCCCUCCCUUGUUACCUCCCUGGUUAAAGUAGCAGAAUAUUCAUUCCAUAGGAAGAUUUGGCUAAUGUGGGAAUCACAAUUUCCUUCUGCACAUAAGAGCAUAGAGAAUUUAUACCAGAUAUGUUGAUUUAGUGAAUGUAUAGAAGCUUUCCAACACUAUUCAGUCUUUGUUAAACUUCAGCAAACUCUUCCUAGAGAAUAACCCUGUUAAUAUCACACAUGUAGGAAACACCUUAUCUAUGGCAGAAGCCAUACUUUUUAAAAUUUUUCAGUACACGGGCCUCUCACUGUCGCGCCCCCACCCCCACCCCGUCGCAGAGCACAGGCUCCGGAUGCGCAGGCUCAGCGGCCAUGGUUCACGGACCUAGCCGCUCCGCGGCAUGUGGGAUCUUCCUGGACCGGGGCAUGAACCCGUGUCCCCUGCAUCGGCAGGCGGACUCUCAACCACUGCGCCUCCAGGGAAGCCCAACCAUACUUAUUUUUAUCACCAUUCUACCUCCUUAUUACUUGUGGGAUGUUGGGCAAACUGCUUAUCCCCUCUGGGCAUCAUGUUUAAAAUGCUCGUGAUGGUAGCUCUGUAAUAGUGCUGUUGUAGAGAUUGGAUGGAUGUAGUAUGGGUCAAAUCCUUGGAAGAGUAUCUAGUAUGUAGCCUGUGCUCAAUACAUACUAUUCUUAUUAUUAUCAUCAUAAAUAUUAUUACUGGCGAAGUCUUAGGAGAGGAAUGCCCAUUUCGUAUAAUUAAUUAAGAAAAGUACCCAUAACCACUCAUCCAUUUGAAUUUCAGAUAGUGCAUUCUGGAUAAAAGACCUAGUAAAAUGUAAAGAAUUUGAGAGAAUUUUUACUCAUAAUUUAUCCCUUAAGCUGCAUCAAAAAUUAAGACUAAAAAGAAACAUUUUGGAUUUAGUAAGUGUUAAGAUGUUGGGAUUAUACCUGGAGAAGAAUCAGAGAGAAAUGUGAAGCAGUUUGCUGUAAUGAAUCCCAACAGACAAGUAGUAAUUAAAAUUCUCCACUCACUUUUCGAGGUAAAUUAGAAAUUAAAGAGAACAAAAAGAAAACUGUCCAUUUUGGAAUUCUUUACCAAAAGUUUAUUAUGAUCAUUUUUUAGACAUUCAGAAAAAUGUAAAGGACAGUAUAAUGAACAUCCAUCUACUCUCUACAUGGAAUCAAGAAUUCUAAACAUUUGGCCAUUUUUGCUUUCUGAAUAUAUAUUCACGCAUGGCAUUUGGUUGUCAUGUCUCUAGAUUUUAGUCUUGAACAGACUUUUUGAAGAUUUCAGGAAAGCUAUUUUAUAGAAUGCCAUACAUUCUAGAUUUUGUUUGUUCUCUCAUAGUGAAAUUUAAUUUGUAUCCUUCAUAUCUCUCAUAAAAUCAAGUUAGAGUUACAGGAUUAAACAUUUUCCACCAGAACGGUUCAUAGGAGGUGACAUGUAAUUUUAUUGAAAGACAUCAUAAGCAAUUAAUAUCCAUUUUCCCCACUAUCACCAAUGCUACGUUUGAUCAUUAAGAUGGUGAUUGCUGGACUUCCCCAGUGGCGCAGUGGUUAAGAAUCUGUCUGCCAAUGCAGGGGACAUGGGUUCGAUCCCUGGUCCAGGAAGAUCCCACAUGCCACAGAGCAACUAAGCCCAUGCGCCACAACUACUGAGCCUGCGCUCUAGAGCCCGCAAGCCACAACUACUGAGUCCAUGCACUGCAACUACUGAAGUCCAUGUGCCUAGAGCCCAUGCUUCGCAACAAGAGAAGCCAUCGCAAUGAGAAGCCUGCACACUGCAACGAAGAGUAGCCCUUGUUCCCUGCAACUAAAGAAAGCCCGCAUGCAGGAACGAAGACCCAACACAGCCAAAAAUAAAAUAAAAUAAAUAAUAAUUUUUUAAAAAAAGAUGGUGACUGCUAGAGUUCUCCAUUAUAAAGAUCCAUUAUACAACUAGUAGGAUUAGUGAACCUUGGUCAGCUACUUUUGGGAAUGUAUAAUCAUAUGUAUGUAUAAGUUCUGAAUCAAAGAGAAAAUUGAAACAAUUAGAGUUUUUGCAGAAAACAAUGAUAAUGAAAUGAUUGUAUAUUGGAGCUUGUAGGAUGUCCCUGAAGCUCUACUCAGUGGAAAAGUAAUACCAUUGUUAAUAUGUCUUGGAGGAACCAAGAUGCAUCUGGCCCAGAUGGAGGGCCAGAACUAUACCUUGUUUCCCCCAGUAUCUACAUGGUUCCUGUCUCACUGAACUAAGAAGCUAGAAAAAUAACAAAUCCUAAACCAAAAUACAGAAGCAAUCAAUAUAGCUAAAAUUUGAGAUUAAUGAUUAGGAAUUAAAGCAGUAGUCCUUGAUCAUUAUUCCUCUGUGAAAAAUCCACUAACCUCAACUAGACUUUGAUAAAUCUGAACAAGGAAAAAUCAAGAAAAUUGGCAACAUUGUAGAAUCAUGAAUAAGAAAGGAGAUAUAAUUAUAGAUAUGGAGUUUUUUUUAAUUUAAGGCAGUACAAUAUAUUUAAACCUAUUUGGACGAAUAAACAAAGGAAAAGGCUGAAAAAAUUGGUCCAGGAUCUCCCUUUUAGAAAAAAACACUUGGAAAUUGUCAUCUCCUUAGGUAAAAAUUUCAAGAUGAAAAUAGCUAAAAAUUUUACUAACUCAUCUUACCUGGACAACAUAAAUCCAGUAACAAAACUAAAUGGAGAUACCUUCUAAAAAGCAAAAGCUAGAUUAACUGAAUUUAGGUAAAUGUAAAAAUUCUAAUUAAAAUAUCAGCAAGCAGGGCUUCCCUGGUGGCGCGGUGGUUGAGAGUCCGCCUAUCGAUGCAAGGGAUAUGGGUUCGUGCCCCGGUCCGGGAGGAUCCCACAUGCUGCGGAGCGCCUGGGCCCGUGAGCCGUGGCCACUGAGCCUGCGCGUCCGGAGCCUGUGCUCCGCAACGGGAGAGGCCACAGCAGUGAGAGCCCCGCGUACCGAAAAAAAUAAAAAAUAAAAAAAAAAUAAAAUAUCAGCAAGCAGAAUCCACAUGUAAGAUGUAAGAUUGUGCAAUAGAAAAUAUAUGGGAUAUCCAGACCCAGAAGUUUCUGGUUUAAAUGGAAAUAUAAGCUAACUGACAAAAAAUGGAAUCAGCACAACUGUAAUUCAUUCUGAUAGUUUCUUAGACCUGUAUGACUCUUAGAGCAGGAAAUCACACACAGCGACUUAAUUCUAAGAUGAAUUUUAAUAUUUAGAAAUCAGAAGGCAUCUCAAAGUUGGUGGCUUCUCACAUUCACUUUCAUCUGGGUGGCUGUCAUGAUUUGGUGCUAGCAUCAAAGCAUAUUAGUUAUGAUGAAAUAGAAGUGUGUUUAUAUACUCACAGAAUUCAACCCUUUAAAAAUUACUUAUUUCCAAAUAUCAGUUGCAUCAAAACUGCAUUGAGAAAUGUCUGUGGUUCAUCUUGGUCAUUGUUUUAAUCUGCACCCUACCUCUAUGUCCAUUUUGUGCAGGUAGGCCAUCCGCGAUAUCACUGUACAGUCGUUUACUGGCUAGUGGUUGACAGCAUUAUUCCACAUAAUUGCAAUUUUAAUCAUCCAGUGUAACACAAAGGAGAAUACUUCUGAGUGUUUUAAUAGAGUAAAGCAUUACCAGUCAGUAUUUUACUCCUCCUGGGUGCCAUAGUUGCAUGUUAACUAGGAGAUGUGGAGAUUGUGCCUCGUCCCACCAAGCAUUUCUGAAAUUGUCUCAAAGAUCACCAGUACUUAAAAAUACUUGAAAAACAAGGGGAAUUCUCUGGUUAAAGAAGCUUAUGAAGCAGCAUCUUCUAAAUCCCCCUUAGGGAAUGACCAAAAGCACCUUAUCAGUUUAUCAAAAGACAAGUGAAGAAAAUUGUUCAACUUUGUUUAAAUUGGUAUAUCUCAAACUGUACUAUGGAAAUACCAAUUCUCACGACUUAUUAACAUCUUAGGGAUGUGAAACUGCAUUGGGAAAUGCUGCCAUAACUAAAAGAGAGUUUGUAAAGUUGGAAAUUUCAGUCACCAAGUCUGAUUGUUAGCUGACAGGAUGACAGCAUCAUGCUCUCAAACAGUUAGUUGCCUUCUAACGUUUUCUCUUAAUUUGUGAGUAAAAAUCCUUUUGUACCUAAGUAGGCAUGGCUCCUGAGUUUUAUCAAAUGCCAUUUCAUUAUCCCUUUCUGCAGUGGAGUAGUAUUUAAUAUGUUAAUGUGAUAAUUUAUACUGACAGACCUUUUGACUUCUUCCCAUCCCUGGAUAUACCCAGGUUAGCCACUGAUGUGUGUAUGUGUGCGCGCGCGUGUCUCUUUUAUAUGCACUGCUUGAUUUCAUUUGCUACUAUUUUAUUUAGAAUUUUUACAUCUCAUGAGUGAGACUGAUAAUUGUCUUUUAAAAUGUAUUUUUGUAUGUUUUGUAUUGUGAUUACCUGUUCUUUAAAAUUGCGGGACUGUAUUGGCUUGUUUUGUUUUGAAUUGGAAACCCUUAAUCGCUCUUCUAGUUUCAUCUGUUGAUUUGCUUGUUUUCAAAUUUCUACUUAGGACACAACAAUUUCUCUGAGUGCCCAGCACAGUUCCUCUAAAGAACCUUCAUAGCCGAGAUCCACAUAAAA